AACAGACUAUUCUAAACCCUCAAAUUUCCCUCUUUCCUCUUUUCCAAGUGCUCAAAAAAAAAAAAAAAAAAAAAAAGGAAAAAACAAACCACCUGCUCUCCAAUCUCUUCCUCCACUUUCUCAGAUCACCAAUCUCUUCAAUUUCAAUCCAUAACUUCCACUACACCACCUGCCCAAAACCCAUCAAUCGCCACCGCUGUUUAUCCACUCUGAUUAAUUUUCUUCCUUUGCUUCCUCUAAUGGUCACUGGUGGGUCCCGCCGAGAUGAUGGGGACAAAAACCACCACCCUUCAGCUGCCACCGUCUCUAGAGGCGGUACCACCAGGUCUUGGGGAACUACUACUGUCUCCGGUCAAUCGGUUUCGACCAGUGGUAGCGUUGGUUCCCCUUCUAGCCGGAGCGAGCAGGCCAUGGCCACACCCGCCAGUGACACCACUCUUCUUAGGUUGAACCAUCUUGACAUUCACACCGACGAUGCUGCCACCCAAGAUGCCGCUGCUAAUAAGAAGAAAAAGAGAGGUCAGAGAGCAGCUGGAGCUGACAAGAGUGGUAGAGGACUCCGACAAUUUAGUAUGAAGGUGUGUGAAAAAGUGGAAAGCAAAGGAACAACUACUUACAAUGAGGUUGCAGAUGAACUUGUAGCUGAGUUUGCUGACCCUAGCAACAGUGUUUCAUCUCCAGACCAGCAGCAACAAUAUGAUGAGAAAAACAUACGGCGAAGGGUAUACGAUGCCCUGAAUGUUCUCAUGGCAUUAGAUAUCAUAUCUAAGGAUAAAAAGGAAAUACAAUGGAAAGGUCUUCCUCGAACCAGCCUGAGUGAUAUUGAAGAAUUGAAGGCUGAGCGUCUUGGAUUGAGAAAUAGAAUUGAGAAGAAAAUUGCCUAUUUGCAGGAACUGGAGGAACAAUACGUAGGUCUUCAAAACCUGAUACAUCGAAAUGAGCAACUAUACACCUCAGGAAACGCUCCCAAUGGGGGUGUGUCCUUGCCUUUUAUUUUGGUUCAGACACGCCCUCAUGCAACUGUUGAAGUGGAAAUAUCAGAAGAUAUGCAGCUGGUGCAUUUUGACUUUAAUAGCACCCCUUUUGAGCUGCACGACGAUAAUUAUGUUCUUAAGGCAAUGAAAUUUUGUGAGAGACCACAGAGUGAUGAUAUGGCACCCAAUCUAGCUACUGAUGGAGGUGAAGGUUCUAGCAUGUCCAACAUGUUCCCACAACAAAUCCUUACUUCCCCAGGAACAAACACACCAAUUAGGCCACCCACCUCACCACCUAUUCCUGGAAUUAUUAAAGCGCGUGUUAAGCAUGAACAUUGAUAAGCGUGUUACCAUGGGAAAUAAUCUCAGCUGUGUCUGUAAAUUUGUGUAAAGUAGCUUGCAGGAGGUUGGAGUGCCCCUAAAAUUUACCUUCACCUCCCUGAUUUUACCCCAUUGGGAGGAAUCCAGGUAUUGAAAAGUGGAGUCUCUAUGCUUGGAGACUUGCAUGAAUUUUAAUUGUCAGGUUCUCAGGUUUAGAUCCAUGGCUAGCCAUUGUAAUUGUUCAAUCAAUAUUUUUUUUUUUUUUGCUUACUAAAGUAAAGGUAGUCUGUCAGUUUAUGUUAGGCUAUAGGGGAUUUGUCUUAGCUGCACACAGAAUCAUAGAAUUAAGCCAAUUUGAUAUUUGUAUUGCUCAUUACAUUUAUGCAAUCACUGUUUAUAAUCAGCGACAUUUCGGUCUUGUUAUUUGCAUUUCAUGGCAUGGCAGGGAUCUUUGAGAGGUAAGAAAUUGAAUAGUUGCUUAUCUAUACCCUAUAGGCUAAAGUUUCACUAUUUUGUUUUUUUGGUUAUUUAUUGUUGAUUUCUGAACUUGAAUGGUUAACAACUGCCAUCAUUUAUAGCUGGGAAUGUCUUGUUCUCUUCUUCCCUCUUCAGCUCCGUAUUAGUGUCCUUAUCUUUGCUUGCAAUUUUUGGUUUAUAGCUUGUCCUUUAUCGCUUGUGGGCUUCCAAGUUGUCCCUGUAUAUUUUUAUUUUCUGUGUGGGCAUAUUGUAACCUUUCCCAAAUAUAGACAAAGCAAUUUUUUUCUGCUGUGCCCUCACAUGGGAUAUCACUGAAGCAUUGGCUGGUUCUGGAAAUGGAGUUGGUUUUGUGGACCUGCUUGAUUUUCUUUCACGUUUCUUGCCUAUUAUUAUGAUGAUGGUGGCUUUUCCUUGGUGACCGGUGAAAAGAUAGGGAGAGAUUUGGCUUUUUAGAUUGUUGUUGGUUGCUUAUCUGCUUUGCCCACAGAAAUCUGCAAUGUGAAGGAUUUUAUUAGUUCUUGUUUACCUUCUUGAUCACAGACAUGUAAAUAUAGACCAACUUUUUGGGAUCUUUUUAUUUUUCCUCAAUAUUGUAGUUUUGAUAAAGCUAUGAGGUUUUGAAUUUGAGUCCAGUUAUAUAUAUUUUUUUUCUUUAC